GAGCCAUCUUUGUCCACCUAAUCCAGGCGGCUGUUUAUUACACCUUCAUUACUGCACGGACUCUGACAGCACAGGGCUCCAGUAUUAGCCUGCAGGUGCCGCAUCGCCGUAGAGUUUAAUAGGGAGAGGAAAGCAGGUUUUGUAGCGAGGGGACACAUCUCAGUGGCAGAUAUACAAGCCAGUGCUCCUCCUAGGCUAUAUAGGCAGGGAAACGCCACAAUAACCAACCAAAGGGUGCCAGAGGGUAGAGAGGAGCGCAGAAGGCAAUCCACAUCCAUCUGCCAGCCACUUAGACCGCGCUAACAUUUCCAGUCCGGAUUUCAGCACAGCUGUCCAGCCAAUACUACCAGGAAAAUGUCUGCCCCAGCCGGAGCCCCUGCAGAUGGAGGGAAUCAGCCCCCCAACCUCACCAGCAACCGUCGUCUGCAGCAGACACAGGCACAAGUGGAUGAGGUGGUGGAUAUCAUGCGUGUAAACGUGGAUAAGGUCCUGGAGCGUGAUCAGAAGCUGUCAGAACUGGACGAUAGGGCUGACGCCCUGCAGGCUGGAGCCUCUCAGUUUGAGACCAGCGCUGCAAAACUGAAGAAUAAAUACUGGUGGAAGAAUGCCAAGAUGAUGAUUAUCCUGGGUGUGAUAUGCGUGAUUGUCCUCAUCGUCAUUAUUGUGUACUUCAGCACCUAAGAAGAGUUGCUCCUACCCCAGUCUAAUCCUUCCUUGCUACAGAAAAAAACACCCUGAAAUUGAUUACAAAAUUAACCAUGAUAAUUCAUUUAUUAUGUAUAUCUCCCGAUUAGCCUCGAUAUAACACACCUAAACCUUCAGGGUCCCAUGGCUCCCCCACUUCCACCACCUCGCCUCUGGACCCCUGUCAAUAUUUGUCCUGUGAGUGUGUGGCCCUGUCUCCUUUCUGGGUCCUCUUGGCUUUUCUAACCUGCCAUACUGAGAACCAAACACUUGUGACGAUGCAACAACAGAAAAGGAAACAACGAUUGGCGAUAAUUGUUACAUAACUGAUAUAUAUAGUUCUUUGUAGAGUUUUAUUCUGAUAUAUACUGUUUUGUAGGUGUGUGUGCGCGUGUGUGUGUGUGUGUGCAUUUUGUAUUUUUUAAUUUUUGUAUUAAUUUUACGUAUGCUUCAGCGUUAACUACUGCCUAUUAAUCAAAGUGUGUAUCUUGCAUGUUAUCAUCAUCUGUCCGCCCCCUGCUUACUCUCUCUUUUCGGUGUAUUUUUGCACAGUGGCGUUAGUCUCCAUUUGACAAUGGAAAUACCAUUUGAUUUUUCGAGUUCAUCUGUGUUACUCGUGUCCACUAAGAAAGUCCAAAAUAAGCCAGAGAACUAAAACUUGUACUAAGAAAAUAUCAUCAAGUUACAACAAAAUGUAACUAUGACAUAGACAAAACUUCUUCAGCUUUACUAUAGCUCCAGAUUUCUAUAACUUGAUGCCAUCAAAGAGUUCAAGUCUUAGCUUCUUUGCUGGCUUUCUGAGAGAGUUAAUGCUCACUGAUAUUGAUCAAACGUACAAAUAAUGCAUGAAUUGUCCAACUAAUCCCUCGUAAUCAUCAUUUCACAGCCCUUUCCAUCUGAUCCUCCCAGUAUCUGUGUCAUUUCUAUUUCUCCAUUUCACUCUAAUAACUUUCAUCUUUAACAUCCUAACACCUCUUCUGUCUUUCGGCAUGCUUGAACACCUCAAUGUCUUCUGCUAAUUUCUAAACUGCCAUAGUACAGUUGGACCAAUGUCUGUAGAUGUUUCUUUUUUAUUUAAAUAUUACGUAGUGUCUUAUUUCGAAAACAUUCCUUCAUUGCAGUCUAGUGCAAAUGGUCUUACCGUAGCACAUGUAAGUGUAAGUAUCUUUAAAAAAAAAAUACAGGCGACGAAACUUGUGUCAAAAACGUCGGUCAUUCAAACCAUAGGAGAAAAUAGUUAUAGUUAAUAGCUGUAAGGGAUUAGACUUUCAAUCUCAGUCCAAAAUACUUUCUUUUGUAAUAUGUGUGAUGUUAUCUUAACAUUACACUUACAGUAUACUGUGGAGAUGUCAUUAAUGUCAAACUGUGGAUAUGGACUUGAAAAAAACAAACAAUUCUAAUGCCAGGUGAUAAAACGGGGCCAUUGCAUGAAUUGAUUCAUUUCCAUAAAGCAAAGGUUAAUUCUUACUGGCCUGUUACCUACAUGGAUACUGAAAAGCCUUAGUCUCCAGUCACUUCUAUUAGUUACUGUAGAAUAAUUCCAGUCAAACACACCCUCACACUUUUAGUCUGUGUAGGGGGAGUGGCUGACUGCAGAGAAGGAAUCUGUUUAAAAUGCACAAACAACCUUGUUUUUGAUGGCGCUGUCUGGCUGGUUAAUAGCCUGGCCAAAGGAGAUCCUCGUGCAGCAAAACCUCUCCACAUGAAGAGCACAUAAAAAAA